AGGCAUACCAUGAAGUUUUGCACUAUGAACGGUCCAACAGAAUCCGAAGUUGAAAGUAUGCUAAUGAGCCCCUGCUGGGGACCCACACAGAACGGUGGCCAGGAUCAAUAUCUGCUGGAUGGCCACAAGUUGUUGUUGGAACACGAUUUGGACUCGCUGCCCAGUGAUACGGAACAAAAGAACUCCCUCGAUGUUUUGGACAAUUUGUUGAUGAACACCACCAGCCUAAAUAGUUUGUCCGAUCUGAAACCGUUACCUCCCUUUACCGGCUAUACGGGCCAUUUGUCCAUCAAUGGCAUAUCGGGGCAUCAUUACCAUGCCAUUGCCCAGAGGCUGCCGGAUGAGAGCAAUAACAAUUACAUACAGAGUGCUUACCAUGCGGCCGGAAAUGCGGCCAUACAAAUGGCCAACUCCUCGUCAUCGGGCAAUUCUCCACUGUCGUCCACACAUGGAGUGGGAGGAGGCGGCGGCGGUGGUGGUGGCGGAAUGUCACUCACCUCCAGCCUUUCAAGUAGUCACAACAAUUCCUCUGCCGAUCACAAUAUUGUCUCAUCAUCCACCUGCCUGCCCGAAAGUGUUCUCAGUGGCGAUGCCGAUGCCUGCCUCCAUGACGUCAAGCUCUUCUCCGAUAGUCAAUUAGAUAGUAAGCUUUACUCCCUGGCCGACAGCUGUGUGAUGGCCAGCCACCCCUCCACAACCAGCAACAACAACACAAAUACAACCUCAGCGACGACGGGUCUGGCUGGCCAGGACCCCGAUUCGGGUGGGGUGCGCAUCUAUGCCGAUGCCAAAGAUCUAACGGAAUAUGUGGACAUGAAUUCGAUAGACGACAUUGCGGCCAUCAUCGGGAGCGCAAUAGCCGACACUACAGUACCUAACCAGUUGGACAAGGACGAUGGCAAUGACACGAGAGAUUCGUGGAUUGAUUUGGAUGCCUGGAUCGAGGGUAAUUGCAUACAGCAGGAGGGUGGUAAGCUGGUGGUGGCCCAACAGGAUUCGCUGAGUGAUUUUAUGCUGCCCCAAUCGCCCAUCCACCCGAGCAGUUCAACGUUGCAGAGCCUGCUGACACAUGGCUAUAUGCCGCUGCUACAGAAUCGCCUACAAAACGGACCUCCGCCCUCGAACAUCAAAGGUGAGACACCCAGUUCUACCUCAUACUGCAAUGAACUGACCAGCUCCACAUCGGCCAGUCCACCGGGAGCGGUGGUCUCGACGACAGAUAAUCUCAUGAUCAAUCCCAGAUACCUUACGAAUCCCACACAGUAUCACAUUUCCAUGAAAUCGGAUGGUCUGUGUAGUCCCGAUUUGAUGGGAAACGGAGGUGGAGGAGGUGGAGGUAAUUUUCCCCACACCACAACAGUGACGCCAACGGGGACGCCGAAAACCAAACGUUCGAGGUCCACCAAAAAAUCCAAUAACCAACAGCAGCAGCAACAACAGCUUAGCAGUAAUAGUGGUGGUGGUGCGGGACAGCUAAUGCAGGGCAAUGGCUCAACAAUGGGUGGCGGACCACAACAACUAAAUUCCAUUACCUCACCCACCUCUGUAAACUUCAAUGCCAACGAUCUGUCCGGCCUGCUGGGCAAAGAGAAACCUGUGCAUCGCUGCAGCAUCUGUAAUCGAGGCUUCCUGAAUAAGAGUAACAUCAAAGUCCACCUGCGGACGCAUACCGGGGAGAAACCCUUUCGCUGUGAAGUGUGUGCCAAGGCGUUUCGCCAAAAGGCCCAUCUGCUCAAACAUCAACAGAUACAUAAGAGAAUUGGGCGUGACUGACAAACACACAAUCACGCACACCACCGAUCGCCAUCGAAUGGGCCGUCGUCAACAUCGUCCAUGGCCUCUGCCGUUUCCAAGUUGUAUGCCUCCCCAGUGGGUCAGCAUCAUUUUGGUAGCGGUCGUGGUGGUUUGGGCGGCGAAACGCCCCUGGUGGUGGUCAAUGAUGAAGAAUUUCGUUUUAAGACAAUCAUACUGCAAAAACCCAAGGCGGCGGGAAUGUUCAAUGGCAAUACAUAGGAAAUUGGUUCAUAUUCUCCGGAU